AUAUUGAAACGCAAUUCAGUCUACGGAGAACGGUGCUCAUAGUAUGUACUCGACGGCACAUUAAUGUACAAAGUGAUAUCAAUGUCGGACGCCGAUUCGGAGUCGGAAUAUACGGAUCAUCCCAAAAGCCCCAUAUUGGGAAGGGCACAGUUACCCCCCAAACGUCAGAGAGCAGUACGUAAACGUCAGAAACGAAAGAAUAACUUCCAGGGCAUACAACGGCGUAGAAAGUAUCUGUGUUUGGGCAUUGCAGCGCUUGUGACUCUGUGCUUAUUGGUAGUUUUCAUAUCGAUCAACAAUAACAAAAGAGGUAACCAGCAUACACCUUCAAAGACACCUUUGAAGGCUUUAAAAAUGGCGGUUUUAAAUUGGCAAAGUGAUGAAGAGCCUCGUUCUCUAUCUUGUACCCGUAGUGUGAUGAACACUACUCAACUGAAAGACACACGUAGCUUUGAUGCUGUCAUAAUAAACUCAACUAUGAGUAAUGUAUUAAGCGGUCUUGAUUUUAAGUACGUGGAUCCAAACGAUUCACUUAUCAUACUCGGUACAAACAAACCGUUACAACUCAACAAUAUAUCGUUGAUUGAUUUUGAUCUGAGUUUUUACGAUAAAAUAUUCUCAUAUUCCUUGAAAUCCGAUUUUAUUUGGCAAUCGCAUAAAAUAUUGCGAAAAAAUGAUUCCAGAGUUAUGGCACCCACAUUGUAUCCCAAUUGGGACGCGCCGAAAGCGAACUUCUCGUCACAUACUUCAAGAACAUUCUUCUAUGAAAGUGUAAGCGAAUCAUCGCCAUUGUCGUUGGCCAUAUUGAAUAGACCCUGUCAACCAGCACGUAAGGAGUUGAUCGAACGCAUAACACAAAAUAUGGAUGUGCACACUUAUGGCGACUGUGGUGAAUACAGCUGCGGCGAAGGCAUCUGCGAAUUCAUACCAAAUACUCGAGGGAAUAGAACUUAUAAAUUUUUCUUGGCCUUCGAAGAGGAGUUGUGUGAGGACUAUGUAAGCAAGAACUUUUUCAGAGCAUUGGCAGGUCGACUGCUGCCGGUAGUCUUCGGCGGUGCAAAUUAUACGCGUUUCGCACCACCCAACUCAUACAUAAACGCCCGCGAUUUUGCGAGUAUACGCGAAUUAACUGAAUACCUGCUCUAUCUGGACCAGAACCCCGAGGAACACAUAAAAUACUUCACAUGGCAUGAUUCGUACCAAAUACUACCAAAUUCAUUCAAGUUGCAGACAAUUUGCGAUUACUUGACUAAUGCUAGAGACACACACAUUGCGCUUGACACCAUGAAGACGAGAAACACAACAAUUGUGAAUUGGUUAAGUGAGAAUAUGUGCAGGCCGUAUGAACUGCCCGAAGCGUGGACUACUGGAGCUUCGGAUUAAUACCGUUAGGAUGUUGAAGUAAAUGAAGGCGUUACUAAUUACAUUAAUUUUAAGUCAGUUAUAGUGCAGUACAUGUGUAAGUAAUGUAAAUUAGCGAUAGCGAGCAAGUUGAGCGACUUUUUUCGCCAUUAAUGCUCGAGAUAAGAUUGCAUGGCUGAUAUACUUAUCGGUAUUAAAAUAUAAAAUAUAUAUUUGUAACGUCGUGUGCGUUAUAUGAGUGAUGUGAUAUUGAA